AUGUCCGACUUUUUCUCUUCCUCGAGUGACAGCAGCAGCGACGACGGCAUAUUCACGCGGCGAGUAGAGUUUCAGCCGCGGCAGCGUGGAGCAUCAUCCUCAUCGUCUAGCGUUUCAGCUUCAGGGUCGUCUGCCACUCGUGAAGUAGUGACCUUUAUAUCGGAGAGCGCGCCGCCUUGCACGGUCGAUGCGGUGGAAGCACCGGCUGCGGCAGGAGCAACCACCAGCCGUGCACGCUCACAGCUCCCUAAUGUCGCACCAGUGGUGCUGUUGGAGAAGGUCGCCAUUCAGACAUCCCUGCAGAGCGCCUCUACGGGGUCCGAGGACAAGAGUAGCCCUGGCGAGUCGCCCGCUCAGCAGCGGCGGCGUCGCCGUGUUGCGGAGACUCGACCCUCAGCAAUCAAGGGCACACUUGGUAGCCCUAUCGAGCGGGCAACCGAGCCGAAACAGCAUCGAGGACGCCGCUCCUCUCUCUCCAACCCUGGGUCUCCUUUAGAGCUCCCGCGCCCCAGCCGCUCGUCGAGUCGACAGCGACGCACCUCGGUGCACUCCAUGAGCACCGUGGACCUCGUAGCUGCCACUCUAGUGCGAGCGUCGUCCAACACGCUGUCGACAUUCACCAACAAGCGUGCAGGCGGUCGUAGCGGAGGCGGCGUUCGCCGCCGGCACCCUCGCGGCACUGCCACCACCUCUCUGGGCGCACUGUCACUCGUCUCGGCGUCGCCGACAGUCAGCGCUGUCAACGCCCGGCUGCUAAGCGAUGAGGCUUACCUCGACAUGUUCCACAUCCCGGCCCUCAUCGCGCAACUUUCGCUGUCGCUGAUGGCGGCGAAGCCUGUUGACCCGCGUGCGUUCACCCGCGACUGGCUGGCUGACCGCCUUGUGAGCGAAGAAGAUGAGGACGACGAUAACGUUGAUGAAGGUGGCGGCAGCACCAACAGUGGCAGCGGCGCCCGGGAGCAAGAGAGCCAAGCGCCGCCGAGCGGCACAGCCGUCCUGACACGCUCGACAGAGCUACCCAGCAGCACAAGCUUUUUAUUCCAGGCCAGCGGCAGCACAAUGGGCGACUUGGCCAGUGACAGCGGCGCCACAAGGCCAUGCUGGACGGAAGUCUCGUGCCGCCAAGGUUGCUCGGGCCGACACUCGCGCCAACGCCGUCGAACCAACACGUCAGGUGAAGAUGAGGCGGACGAUAUCGCAAAGUCACCGCUGACGGCCGACGGCGACGGGGACACAACCGGCACAGCCAUCGAGCGGCCUGCGUCUGUGGGACACCCCACGCGCAAGCGCAGGGCUUUUGAGCGGCGCGCGCAGCGGAAGGAUCAGAAGAGCGUCGCGACUCCGAUGGCGUCGCAACAGCGCGGUGUCCACGGCAUCAGCAAUGACGCUGGAUCGCGCAGAAACGAAAUGUCCGAGUCCUCGAGGUACAGCACGAGCGAUGACGCUGGCAGCCGCUCGCCUCGGCGUGGGUCGCUGUUGACCACGCUGGCACCGCCGCCCGCAGAGGCCGGCGAGCACAAAGAGUCGCAAGCGGCGGAGUGUGAGUCGAGCAGUCCAAUGCAAAGAAGCGAGGAAACUGAACGAAAUGCAACGGCAGCUGCGCCGAGCAGCCUCCCCCCUAAACCCAAGACUUCCUCGUCAUCUUCGCCCUCGUCAUCAUCGUCGUCCUUCACCGCCUUUAGGUGUCCUGAAAAUGAUGGUGUGGAGGGGGCACGUGUGGAGCUUCAGUCGCGCCGAACAACAGUCGCUGGCUCCUCGACCUCUGCCGACGUUGACAUUCCGUCGUCUCACCGCAGGAUGACAAUGGAGAGCGAGUCCAGCACCUCGACAGAUGGGCUUUCAGCGCCGCAUGAGGCCGCCCACAGCGGGCGCGAGGUACGCCAGAGCUCGAGCAGCUCACGCGCCGCUGAGACGGCUGUGAACGACGUUCCAGCUUUGGUGACGGCGGAACACAAGGGCAUCCAUAAGAGCAGCAGCAGCAGCAGCAGCGCUGGUGAUCGCUACACUGGUGAUAAAGGCGCCUUCACCAGCCCACCGCAGCGCCGCAUCACCGUCAUCUCAGCGGCGAGCGCAUCUACAGUCGCCUCGGCCAUUGGUCUCCUUGGCGCCAACGCCGAGGUCAACCUCAGUCCCGCUGUGCAGCAGCAGGAGCAGCAGCAGUGUGAUGGGGCACACGGGCCGGCGGCACUGGCGCGUGACCGAGUUGGUCACACCAGCGGCCGAGCCACCGAGCUUUCUACUGAUGCUUCCUCGAUCAUUCGCACAGAAGCCUCAGCGGCGAAGCGCGGCGCGGCCAAGGAGGAGUUUUCGAGAAGCGACAGCGAAGCAGAGGAAGGUGGAGAGGCAGAGCGUCACGGCAGCCACGCCGCGGCUGACAAAACUGAGCCUGUGCACAGUACGGCCCGCGGAAGUGAGAAGGAUGCAGCAGACUUAGCAGAAGCGGCUGCAGAGGGCGACGGAAGGGACGGCGACGACGACGUCAGCUUCGCCAUGUUUGUUCCCAUCCUCGCUGUGGACGCGACGACGAACGAAGUGAUUGACUACCGCGAAGCUGGGGUGUCACCGCCAUCGGCGCCUGCGUUUUCUCCGACGAGCGGUGGCGCUUGUGCACUGCCGUCCUACCCCACCGUCAGCGCAAGUGGGGUCGGAGGCGGCCACCUUGCGCAGACCCACACCUCGACGGCUGUCACACAAUCAUCAGGCUUUCCUCCGUACGCAACGCGACCCGUCUCCUCCACCUUCAGCGUCUUGCCCACGCCGAUGCUCGCCGACUUGGUGGUUGGCGGGGGGAUGACAAACACCAGCUUUGGCCGACGCGGUGUGCCGAACACUAGUUUUGGUCGGCGUCCCGCGCCCAUGACCGGUGCAGCAGGUCGCUACGUCGACCCGGCAACUGGCGUCAUGACAGGGAGCUCGUCACCGCCGGCCCCGUUCAUCACGCCGCACGCACCGAUGGAUUUGCCUGCGCUGGGUGUUGGCGAUGGCGUCGUGGGCGGCGAGUCCCUGGAAAAUCUACAGUUGCUCGGCUUCCCAAAGCUCCAUUCAAACUUGGCGGCGGUCUCUGCGGGAUCGGUUACUGGGGUUCGGGCAAGCGGCUCUGCUGUUGUAGCUGGAGAGGCCACUUCCGUGCAGGAGCGCAAAGCAGUGCAGGAUGACGACGUCGCAGAUUCCAAUACAGCAGCGCCGUCGGCGUUCUGUCAAUCUGCGGGGCUGCACGGCGCCACCGACGGCGCACGAAACACGAACCUGUCGCUCACCAAGGACAAGCUGGGGCCGGUAGCGGCAUUAUCGACCGCAUCCUCGCCGCUCUCUUCUACGAUGAAGCUCGAGUCGGCGCGCCGACUUGGCAAGCUGCUCGACCAGCUGCCCGCCGCCAAGUACGCUGCUGCCAUUGUGUUCCUGGAAGGUCUGCUGAGCAGCAGUGGAGGCAGCAGCGACGCGGCCGCGACGCCAGAGAGCGAGUCGAUCAGCAUGAUGGCAACCAUCGGUGAUGCGUCGAACCGCAAUCGCGGUCUUCUGAACGUUACAAACGCAGCAGCCGACACAACACUGGGGGGCGUAGGCUUGUCGGGUGACGGGUCGUCGCCGCUGGUCGGGUCGAUCACCCCGGGGCGGCCGUGGUCGGGCGCGUUUGGACCCGACCGGAGUCCGACGGGCCGGGCGCCGAGCUUUGCACACCUUGUCGGCGGUGGGAAUGGCCAGGCGCCUGCCCUGGCAGCGAGCGGCCGCAACGAGGAUGGCGUGGGUGCUUUAGCUAUGGUUGGCCGAGCGCCGGAGGGCGGCCACUCGAGGUCUCGCUCCAAAGGCGGGUCCACCUCGGUGGAGGCGUUGGUGCGGGAUGCACUCAGCCAAAGCGUGCUUCGAUCACUUCCGCCAACGCACGAGGAGGUGCCUGGCAGCGUGCCCUCACUGCCUUUGCACUUGGAGGUCUCAGGGCGUGGCGCCAGCGACGGAACCAGCAUUGGCAUGCAUCGUGUGCCCUCUCCCACACGGCUGGAAAACACGCAUGGCGAGCAGUUCGCGAACGCCGCUACAUCCACCGCACGCGCCAACACGUCGCGAGGGAACUCACCCGUCCCGGUUGUCCCUGGCGGCGGCAGCGAUGGCGUCACUUCACAGCAUCCAACAUCCCAGUCAGAGCGCAGCAACUUGUCCUUCUACAAGCAGCCGUCCAGCACCGAUAUGUCGAACCUGCGUCGUCGAUCUUCAUCACCGUCACCCGGCGGGUAUGUGCUCACUGCCACGGCGCUCCAGCAGUGGCAGCAGCCGCAACAGCAAUCGGCGACCAAAAAAACGACAGAGGACCGUCUCGGCAGCGCUGCCGCCACCAGACGUCCACAGUCGCUCAGUGGGCCGCCGCCGUUGUCCCACACAGGUCACUCUAGCCUCGCCACGACGGGCAUCUCUGUCAGCGGGCAAAAGCUUAUGGGCGUGGCUGACCCGGACGAGGCCACAACGCCAGAGCACAGCACUGCACGCACUGCCACGGUCGCUGAUGCACGGGGGGCGGACAGCGGCAACGAGGACCAUCAGGGCGCGGCGUUUGGCGGAUCUGACACCUGCGACCUUGGCAGCUACGCGGCACAACAACGUCAAAACCAUGCACUGCAGCAUGAUCAUGGUAUCGUCUCCUCCUCUGACCAGAGCCUCGCCGCUCACGCAAAGGACCAAAACACCGUCGAUCAAUUUGCAACCACUGGUGUAGCGGCUGCGGCUGCGGAGCCGAGCGCGACCGUCGCACCGGAGGCGCUGGAGGGCACACAGCAGAGGUGCAGCAACGGGAACAGUGGUUCUUUGUCGCUGCUAGAGCAGCGCGGCGCGCGUGGCGACGGCAACGAGAGCACCCUUCUCCCACAGUGCGGCACCCAUGAACAGUUUAUGCCGCUCGAAGCGGCGGCGAAUCCCAUUAGCCUGCACGCGUAUUCAGCGGAAUCGGUGUCGUCGCUGCCGAGCGGCAGUGCGCAGAUCACCAAUUCAGGUGACGAUGGCGGUGGCGGUCGACGCUCCGACAACGCCCCGGGAUACUGGCCUGGAACCUUUGGCAACUCCCAAGUCUCUGGUUCAUCUGCUGCGGAGGCCCCUCAAGAGCGACUGCAGAGCGGUCGAGAGCUCGGCAGUAGCGCCGCCAAAUCCUUGUCUGCGUCCGCAUGGGGGGGCAGCGGUGUGGUGGGCUGGGGCGGCAUGGGGUCUGACUCUCUGUCCCCGCCUCUGCACGCGCAGCAUCUGCACAGCGCCGGGAGCGAGCUGGAGUUCGAGGAUAUCAAUCUCGGCGCCACUUUGCGGAUGGCGGUGGCUCUCGCCGCUGCCGCUGGCACUCAGUCGGCGCGAACGGUGUAUGGCAGCCACCGCAGUAGCAAAGACAGCAUGAACGGGCCUGCCAUCAUGAGCAGCAUCCCGAGCCAGUCUGCCGGGGCGGCCGUCGUUUCGGGGACGAAUGUCGUGACGGCGGAGCCCGUCGCCAGCGCGGGUGUCAAUGAGGAGCUCAGCAGUCUUGCCACAGCGGACGAAGCACACGUCAACGACCUCUUCGUGACCCACUCAAGCCAGAGCCCCCCUACGUUGCAGGGCAACAACCACAAAACCCUGCUACGCAUGGUGGAUGGCAGCGGCGCUGGCGAAGAUUGCGCCUCUCUGCCGUCUUCGCAGACGGUGUCGCUGCUGAACACGUGCAGCGGCACCGUCGCCGAAGGGGGCGACGUGUCCGCGGCAACCGCGUCGAUAUUACCAUCAGCGAUAGCGCCAGUGGCGGACAGCGCAGACGGGGCCGUUCUCGCCACGCCUAUUACGGCGGCGAUGAGCCCCAUCAGCAUCGAGCCCUCGACGCAGUCGCCGCCGCUCUCGGAGCUGCCGAUGGUCACGUCAUCGGUUGUGGUCGCAAUGAACUCGUUCUUCUCCCGAGAAGACCACGUCGCACCGGAGGAGCUGGAGGUGGUUCGCGAGGUCGUGGCGCACUACGACGCCUUCGCCUCCUUGGAUGAGACGCAGCUGGAGACGCUGGUGCGCACAAUGGGGAGGAUGGAGCUGCAGCGCGGGGCCACCGUGGUGCGCGAGGGCGAUAGCACGCUAGGGCAGCUGCUGCUCAUCGUGUCCGGCAAGCUGACGAUCUCGCGCAAAGGACUCGUCACCCGCACACUGGCACGUGGGCAGUUUUACGGCGAAAUGGAGAUGUCGUACCACGUGGAACGCAGCCGCGUCACCUUGACAGCCGCCACACCCACCGUGGUGCUAUACGCGCUGAAGAAGGUGGACUAUCAGAAGCUCGUCCUUCAUGAGAAGGAUGCUCGACGGUACAUGUUUCUACAGUACGUCAACGAGUGUGUGCUGUUCAAAGGGCUCUCCCCCUCCAUCAAGAUGAGGUUGGCCGACUCGUUCCGCGUGUGCCGGCUGCGCAAAGGAGCCAAGCUGACAGAGCAAGGCGCGUCGGUGGAGUGGAUGCACCUGCUCAUGUCGGGCAAUGUGCGCAUGACAUACCAGGCCCCGCCCAGUUCUGGUGGAGAGACGAGCAAUUGGCCGUUUCCAAGGCGCUGCGCUGCGCCAGAAGAGGAGGCGCGCCACGCGAUCACCACCUCCCACUUCUUUUCACACUUUGCCGGCUUAACCACACUCAGCGAAGCACACAUGUCCAGCGCCGCGUCCGCCGCAGCGGCUUCGACGGUCGCCGGCACUUCCACGACACGGCACGGCGCCGCACCCAGCGCCAUUACCGGCUCCCUGUCAUCCUCGCUCACGCCGCUGGCCGUCGCUUCCCAGAUGCCGUCUUCCACACUCUUGUUCUCGCAAGCGGCAAUGGCGAGCUUGAACACAGGUGCUCAGCAGCAGAACCUGCUGGCAGAGCGCGCCGCGUCCUCGGCUGAGGCUUGCAAAGGAAGCCCUCUGAUCAGCAUGGUGUCGCCGUCACCUGUCGCCAACGCCGCUACGCCACGCACGCCACAGCUGCUGCACUUGCCGAACGCAAAGGCAGCACACGCUAACAACCGCGGCAAGACCGGUGACCACCUCGCAGAGCAAGGCGCAGACGAUGGGUCGCCGCGGCCCAACAGUUCGCACCCUCGCAGCUGUCGACUACAGAGCCAGCAGGACCGCAGCGUGAGCGGCUGGCAAGGCCUUUCGCAGCCUAACGCAUCGACAGCAGACUCGCUGGAUACCGACAACACCAAGCCGCCGUCGCCAUUGUCCACUUCAGCCUCUGUGCGGCAGUCGGCGAACACGCUGCUCGACACCACCCUCCGCAGCAACGCCGCGAGCACGGUGACGACCUCCCUCACAAGCACAGCUGCCGCCCUCGCCGGGGCAGCUGGCGCCCCAAAAACCGUAGUCGUGGUGGAUCGUUCAAAGGGACAGCUGGUCGGUGAGACGGAGUUCGUGUUCAAGUGCAAGGGCCUCUUCACCGCCGUUGCCACGACACCCGUGCAGGCAGCGCGUAUCAGUCGCCUGCACUUCGAGGCCAUCAUGACUCGUGCCGUCGUCGAGGAGAUGAAGCGCAGCAUGUUGUUGAACCCAGACUACUACUUUUUCGAGUUCACCGUGCCCGAGGCCUUGAAGGAAGACAUGCGGCGCAUGCUGUUCCGACUGAACGUUGGACCGGCAGCACGCCGGCGCACUCACCACGUGCAGCAGCAGCAGCAGCAGCAGCAGCAACGCUUUCGGCAUUCGGUGAUGGGGGUGGAGGGAAUGAUAUCGGGCUCACGCAGCCGCGGCGGCACAACCGGAGGGAAUAGAGACAGCGAAGCCGGCCGCCGCCAUUGCAGGCAGAGUAUGGUGUUAUCGCACCGCAUUCAGCGCGAGCAUAACCGCGCCUCCCUCAUGGACAACAUAACGGGCGGGCCCGGCGGUUCUAGCAACGGUCCGAACGGGACGACCGGCAGCAGCGGUAGUAACAGUCACAGCACGUCGCCGCCGCUUGUCGCAGUGUGCGUGCACGACGGUAGUCGCGAAAGCAACGAUGGCAACACCUCUCAGCCGGGGGGCAAGCGGCACCAGGCCGGCAACCGUCGUUUCCGCACCGCGCCGCUGGAGAUCAGCCCGACGAUGGCGCGCUUAUCGACGGAAAGGGCAACCGCCGACAGCGUUGACGCAGUAGGAAUGGAAUCUUCCACAUUGCACUAUCUGGCAGCGCCAACUGUGUGCGGCGGGCCCUUUGCAAGCCCGGCAGUGGCCAGCACCGCUGUCAUCUCAUCUGGGAGUGCCGGCGAGGAUUCGUCGUCGUUCACCCCUGCACCGGCGGCGACCAUGGGCAACAUGGGCAACGUGAAGGGGAAAGGCAGUAGCAGCGAUGGUGAUCACAACCGCUACUCGCGCGCCACAGCCCGCCUUACCACGGCUGGGCGGCGCACCAGCUUCACGAAGCACUCCUCCACCACCACAAGUCUCCGGCGCCGCGUCAGCACGCGUGGGGAGAUUGUCUUCUCGGGUAGCCGCAACCUCUACCGCUUUACAGCGGAGGCGAUGAGCAUGAAUGAGAGCAUCGUUAUCGCCGUCGUCGUGGAUGGCACGAUCAUCCGAUGGAACUCCGUCGCGCAGAGCGUCACCGGUUAUGCGCCGUUUGAGGCGAUCGGCAAGAGCGUGUUCGACUUCAUCGGGUCCGAGGACGGGCGUCAGCACAUGCGCGACACCCUCGCCGUCGCCGCGCGUUUUGCCGGCAGGUGGGAGCAGUACAACAUGCGAGGACUGCAGGAGCAGCGCGUCUUCCCGUUUCGCCAAAAUACCGGACUCUACCAAGUCGGUCUAGCGCUCUCAGUCAUCCCGUCCAACUACGCCAAGACAGCGGAGGUGCUCCUGUUAAUUGGUCGGGAGGGCAAGUAUCGGGCAGCCAGCACGUACGCGGCGGAUGUGGCCAAGUGGCUGGAGGGGUCCCUAAAACCGCAGCUGCGCCAGUUUCAGCGCCGCAUGGUGCAGAUCGAGUCGCACGGAUGGCAACUGACGGCCGAGGACGCGCUGCAGGUGCGCGGAAACCUCGAUGCGUGCAUGUCCAUGGUAGAGCAGUUCACAAAGUUUUCGCUGCUCAACAUGGAUGUGGUGAGUCAGUCGUGGCGACCGGUGCGAGUUUCAGCACUACUGCGCCGCUUCGCGGUGGAGGCGAUGGCGUUUGCCCGACAGCAGCAGCAUGAGUACUACUGCAACAUCGACUUGGUAGAGCCCAAGGCAGAAGUGUUCCUUGACUCCCCGCAGGUGCUCGCUAUACUGCGGCUUCUGCUGGGCGACGCGCUUCAGUGCCCCAAUAUGGGCGACAACGGGAACGCGAUCGUCGUACAUGCGGAGCUGCGGGUGACCGUGGUGGAGCCGCAGGACACGAACCAAGUGCCGCUGAGCAUCGGAAGUCCUGUCGGCCGCGUGAGCAGUGGCGGCAGUAGCGCGGGUGGCUUUGCCAGUCUUUUCGCCCCGCCGAACAUGUCGUCGAUGGCGCCGCCAGAGAACCACAGCAGCAGCAGCAGCAGCGCCGCCGCUGCCCACAAACUGCGUAACGUGGUGGCCUCGCCGUCCGGGUCGGUCAAGCCCAGUUAUCCGGUGAUCCACAUCCCAGUCUCCGCGGUGCAGUCGAGCAGUGAAGUCGCCCCCCUUAUCCCGUCGGGUGUCAGCCUGCCGCACCGGCCUCUGCCACGCGGGCAUUCGCCGCCGCUACACGCGCAGAAGUCCCAUCAACACCACGGAAGCGAUAUGGUGCUGCCCAGCCAUAGUCACGACUCUCCUCUCGUAGCCCUGGUAGGCGAAAAGCCCCCUGGCAGCGGCGGCAGCGCCCAAGGUGGGGCGGACGGUUCCCAAAACUCUGCCGCGGUGGGGCCUACGCCUGGCUCUACGGCGUCGAGCGGGGCCGGAGUGCGUGGUCUCUCAAGCGCACCCAUCUCCAACACCCUCACCGCCACGCUGCGGCGCAUUCGCUUCGAGCUUCGUGACGACGGCCCAACAAUACCGAGCCUCCGCGGCCCCGAGGCAGUGGCGAGCGAGCGCACGCGCGACCACGCGUCACCAGAGAGCGCUUCGGUCGAUAAUUCUGCAGCACUCAACUCGACCUCGCCAAAGUCGACCUCGUGCACCAGCGAGCGAGUCGCUGGUGAGGGCGCCGGUGCCGGGGGCGGGCCCAGAGCCGGUCUCGAAGCCAGCAGGAGCCUCACUUUUGCAGCAGUCAGCGCGCGCCGUGGCGCAGAGCUCGAGCAGGUGGAGAAGAUACUGGCCAACCUCGGCGGUGUCGUGUACGGCUUCACGCGGCCGGAGGUACCUGGGAACGUGGUGCGGGUCGAGCUGCCGCUGCUCGUCGUGCCAGGCUCGACCGAUGACGGGCGGGAUGAAGAGAACGGAGGCGGUGGAGGCGGAGGCGGCACAGCGGCGCCGCCGUCCAGUGCUACGCGCACCUUCACGGUGAUUGUCGCCGACAGCAACCGCCUGCAUCAGCAGCAGCUCUGCCGCGUUCUUUGGGCGCGGCAGCACGCGGUCGUCCCCGUCACAAGCUUUCGCGACCUGGGGCGCAAGUUGGAGAUGAACACUGCCGAUAUUCUGCUCAUUGACCCACUCCACAUCGACAUCGCAUCCGAGGACUACGAGUCGCUGUUGGGCGACGACCCUUUCGACGACAUCCGUGUUCUGUCCGCACGGCUGGCGCUUGUAGUGAUGGCGUCUGACUUCAGUGACUGGCGCGUGCAGAAGCUGCUGAACCGGCACGCCGUUGUGGAACUGCCCAAAGUCGGCUCCGGCGCCCUCGUCCACAUUGCGAUGCAGGAGGCCGAGCAGCUCGUCACGGAAAUGCGGGACGAGGAGGAGCGGCUGGAUCUGAUUCGCCGCACCUUCACGAACAGUUCCACCGAGCGCCACAAGAUCGGCAAACGCAUCGGCAAAGGUGCCUUUGGAGACGUGUUCGAGGUGGAGGACACGCUGACGGGCGGCAAGAUGGCGAUGAAGCGCAUGCGCCUGCACGACGGACUGCUGGCGGACGAGGUAGUGCAGGAAAUCUUAGCCAUGACGACGCUGACACAUGAGAAUAUCAUUCAAUACUUCUACUGCGAAAAGGAAAGCGACACGCUGCUGCGCCUGUACAUGGAGCUGGCGCCUGGCGGCACGCUGCGUGACAAGAUCCGGGAGACGCCCGGAGUGCCGCUGCCCUUCGAGGAGAUUGUGCACCACCUCUCGUGCAUCUGUCACGGCCUCGCGUACGUGCACGAGAAGAGCUACGUGCACGGGGAUCUCAAGACGGCGAACCUUCUGCUCGGCACGCGCAAUCGCACCAAGAUUGGUGACUUUGGCACCGCGAAGCAUUUGGCGCCGCAUCAGCUGCUCUACACGAUGGUCGGCACCCCGCAGUACAUGGCGCCGGAGGUGCUUACCGCGGAUGUGGAGCAGCGACUCGGCUACGACUUCAAGGCCGACAUUUGGUCGCUGGGCUGCAUCGUGCUGGAGAUGGCCACUGGCAGCCCGCCGUUCGCACACAUGGAGUGCGCGCAGGGGAUGGGGAUCAUCAAGUACCUCACCGAGCUGACGGACACGCCUGACCUGUCGCCGCUAUUCUCCGGCAACCCGCUCGUGUACGAGUUCGUGAAAAACUGUCUCGAUGUCGACCCCCAAAACCGCCCGACGGCGCAGGAACUACUGCACUUUGACAUCUUGGAAGGCGCCGUGGCGAGUCAGCGAGCGGAGCGGCUCGUGCGGCGUGCGGAGAUGCUCUACAAACUAAACAAGUACGCCGCGAUGCGCGCCGACGGCGGCGGUAGCCGGGGUGGCGCCGCACGGGGCAGAGGCCAUGACGGCUCAGAGGACAGCGAAGAGGCUGAGGGUGACGAUGGCAACCACAGCAGCCUCUACGACAGUGGCGUUCUCUUCUCCAGCAACGGCAGCACCGCUUACGAGGAGGAGUACGACGAAGAAGACGAUUAUGACGAGAACGACGAGCUGAGCGAGCACGACAGCGCCGAGGAUGUGAUGGAGGGCGACAGUGCCCUGAGAGAGCAGCGCGACCAGCAGCACUCCCCUCCUACAUCGUCAUCCCCGGCUUUCAUGCCUGAAGGAGCGAAAUAG